UUGCAAUUGGACUGACUUACAAACCAUGAAAGAUUUUAGGACCACAUUUAUACAGACAUUGAAGAGUACAAUUGUUGAUAGCUCUUCAAGAAGAGGCUAUUUUGUACAUAGUUGCUACCGUCAUGGUCAUAUAACAGAAAAAUUCUACUCGACGUGCUCAUCUUUGUUUGGAAACAACAUACUCGCUAACAAAACGGUGGCACAAGCCAUAGGCGACUGGUAUUUUGAUCGGAGCAAAUUCGAGGAGAUUGACAUUCUUAAUGACUUGCCACGAAACUGUAGUUUCUGCUAAUGAAAUAGUCUUCAAUGAAUCAAUGGGUAAAUGGGUUAUUAAUAUUC